CUGAUAGGAUGUGUUUGGUGCGGAUGCGUCAAGAGGGCAGAGCAGGAAAGUACAUGUGCCGUUACAUCGUGCACUCCAUGUGGGAGGAUGUGGAGCAGAGGAGCAAAAUCAUGGGGAUCGAUGCCAUCCAUAGAAAGGAAGCACUGAAGGCGAUGACAGAGACUUUCUAUGCUGCGAUAUUUGGAUACGACGAGGGAAUCCUGUCUGACGACUGCGUGCUGGCUGCAGCUCUGUGGAGGAACCUGUUCAAUCGUCAGUGUGAAGACCCCAAACAGCUGGAGCUCAUGGUGGAGUACGUUCGCAAACAGAUGCAGUUCAUCGACGCUCUGGAAGGAGAAGACCUGCUGCUGACUGGGGAGGUGAAGUGGCGCCCUCUGGUGGAGGAGAACGCACAGAGCAUCCUGAAGGUGGUAAAGCCCACGUACAACGACGCUGGACUGUGAGAUGAAGAGAGGGACUUCCUGUUUCCUCCGCUGACGUCCUCCUCUCCCGCCGGUUUUCACGUGUUGAUUUCCUUUUCCCGCCGUCUCACCCUCCAUCUCUGUUUGUCUCUGUCGUCCCUGUCCUCCGCUCCUCUGCUGUCCAAUAAGGUGGGGUUUUAAAUUUACAUGACAUCUGUAGCUUUCUCCUCUUCCUUUAUUUUUCUCUUUUCUCCUCUUGGAUUCACAAACCUGUUUCUCCUCCUCCUCCUCCUCCUCCUCCUCCUGAAUGCUCUGUCCAAUCAGGAGCUAGUUUCAGGAGGAGCAGUAAAAACAGGGCGGAGCUGGAAACAUGUCAUCGUCGUCCUGUCGGUUCUGAGAGCCUCGCUGCAAACACACGCACUGUAUUUAUAUUUUUCUCAUUUUUUCCAUGAACGCCAGCCGUGCUGUAUUUAUGAAGUAUUCUUUACCUCCGUGUUCACACCCUCCUCCUGCGGAGGUGCUCGGCGUCUGUCUGUUCCCUCACUGUGCGUUCAGUGAAGUCAGGUGACGGCAGAUGUUCACAUUUCUCUUUGUCAGACGUGUCGGUGUUCCCGUCCGUCUGACUCGACGCUCUCAGAGCCGAACAGGAAGCUGAGCCUCGUUCGUCAGUUGUAACAAAAACAAUGAGGUUUAUUUUUUUUUUGUUUGUUUUUAAAAAGUGAAACAAUAAAAUGUUCUGGAUGA